GGACUGAAGCGCUAAGUAUAAAAGGAGGACUGUUUACCUUGAUUCACACAUGACAGUUAUGAAUUGAAGGCUGAUAAUCCCAGCCACCAGGCCGACACACUACCUCCGAUCUGUCAAAUGAAACAUACUCGAUCCCGGCUGUGCUGCCUCACGGAUUAGCAGCAGGAUUUAACCGAUCUGGGAGCAGCUUUUGAGCACUUUGGAUCCACAACAAACGGAGCUUUAACCCGCGGCUGUUAACAGAACAAAACGGAUGACAGUGUGGUGGUCAGAGAUGGGAGAGGGUCUGGGGCCUCUCUCCUCUGUAGGAUGGUAGCCGACAGCACAUUGGAAGGCCAUGACAAGACACCAUUGUCAAGCUCAUCCUCGUCAUCAUCUUCCUCAUCAUCACUGUCUUCAUCUUCUUCCCUGUCCUCAUCCUCAUCCUCCUCCUCGUCUUCGGCUGGGAGCAAGGACUUCACUUUGAGCCCUCGGCCAACCGAGUCGGAGCAGUUCCAACGUCAAGCUGUUCCAGAUCUGAGCCAGAAAUCCUCCGCAGUCCCCUUCAUCUAUCAGACUCACUUCCGCACCUUCUCCUGUCAGGAGGACUGCAAGAUCAUCACCGAAACCGCCUCCAAGCUUGAGCACAGCGGCUUCUACUGGGGCCCUUUAGGAGUCGAGGACGCCCACCGCAUGCUGAGAGAAGCUCCGCUGGGCAGCUUCCUCAUCCGCGACAGCCGCCAGAAAGACGUCUUCUUCACGCUGUCCUACCACGCCAAGAGUGGCCCGGUCAGCAUCCGCAUCGACUACAAACACCGGAAGUUCUCACUGGCGGGCAACGAGCGCUCCUUUCCGUCGCUCUUCGCCCUCUUGGAGCAUUACAUAAGUUCUCCAAAGAAAAGCCUGAGCGUCCCCUACAGGAAAUGGGAGCCGACGCUGCAGGAGCUGUGCAGGAAACGCAUCAUAGAGCUGUGUGGGGGAGGGAGUCGUGUCCGAGAGUUGCCGUUGACACAUGUUGUCAAGGACAUGCUUUUGGAAUUCCCUUACAAACUAUGAGCAGUUUGACUUUUAAAGUUCUGGUAGUAUUAUUUCUAAUCUCAAGGAUGCAGCUCCUACCAAGUAGUGAUGAAAGUUUGGUACAUCGUGGGUUGGAAGUUAAGACUGUGUUGAAGAUACAAACAGUUCAAAAUGCUA